CGCUAUAAAUACCCCUUCGCAGCUCUCCCGGCUAUCUCUUCCUCGAAGCCGAGGAUAGUGGGAACGAAACCCUAGAAUUUCUCGUAAGGUUGCUCUUCUUGAUGGCCUCCCUUUGGUGGCGUUUGAUGCGCUGAGGUGCCGCCGAUGGAGAUCGCCGCCGCCGGAUGGCUCGCCGUCUUUUUCUUCCUUCUCAUCGUGGCCUGCCCUCCGGCGGUGGUCGCCGAGGGUUCUCCAGCUCUCGUCGGAGGAGAGGAGGUCCCCAGGGGGUUUAUACUAGGGGGACAGAAUUUGGCGCCAUGGGCGAACGGACUCUUGAAAUUUUCUCCCGUGGCAUCAGGUCCUUCUGCUUCGGCUCCUGAUGCAAAAUUCCCGCUGGUUUUGGCAGAGAAAAGGACGAGGAGGCCGGAUGUACUGCGCAAGUUCAGGCUGUAUCGAGGGGGUUGGGACAUUACCAACAAGCACUAUUGGGCGUCUGUUGGAUUUACAGGAGCUGCAGGAUUCGUUCUUGCAUUACUUUGGUUCAUUUCCUUUGGGUUGGCUUUCGGUGCACAUCACUGUUGUAGGUGGAGAAGGGGCAUCAAGGAGAGAGAACCAUUCCGCUCACAAUGGAUUUGCCUUAUAUUGUUAACAGUCUUCACAUGUGCAGCAUCGACUGGAUGCAUUCUUCUCUCAGUGGGACAGGAUGAAUUCCAUGGUGAAGGACUGGAUACUUUGGGCUUUGUUGUGAAUCAAUCAGAUUUCACUGUCCAGGUCCUCAAGAAUGUCACAGAUUUUCUAUCACUUGCCAAGACUAUUAAUGUGGACCAGCUCUAUCUGCCAUCAGAUGUCCAGCAAAAAAUAGACCAGUUGAUUGUAGAUCUAAAUGAUGCAGCUAGUGUGCUAUCAGAGAAAACAACUGAAAAUUCUAGCAAAAUAAGAGAACUUUUUAAUGACAUGAGGAGUACAUUAAUUGUGCUAGCAGCAGGGAUGCUAUUUUUGGCCAUACUUGGUUUUUUACUUUCAGUUCUUGGGUGCAAAAAUGCAACCUACGUCUUUAUUAUGAGUGGGUGGCUUCUUGUAGCAGUUACCUUCAUUCUCUGUGGAAUUUUUGUCAUCGUCGACAAUGCUGUAGGGGACACCUGCACUGCAAUGGAUGAAUGGGUUCACAAUCCACAGGCCGAGACAGCUCUAAGCAACAUCCUUCCAUGCGUUGAUGAGCAGAUGACAAAUCUGACACUUCAUCAGAGUAAAGAAGUCAUCGUCCAGAUUGUAAACGUAGUCAACAAAGCAAUAUCAUCUAUUGCAAACUCAGAUCACGCAUCUCCGCAUGAUAGUUAUUUCUACAACCAGUCUGGUCCCCUUAUGCCAUAUCUUUGCUCUCCUUAUGACACUCAGCUGCAUGACAGACAAUGUGAACCUGAAGAGGUGCCAUUUGUGAAUGCUUCAAUGGUUUGGCAGAAGUACGUAUGUGUCGUCUCAGAUUCAGGUCUAUGCAUCACUCCUGGCAGGGUGACAACAAAGAUAUACGGCGAGCUGGUGGCGGCUGUAAAUGUGAGCUAUGCCCUUGAGCACUACACCCCGUUUUUGCUCAGCCUUCAAGACUGCAAGUUUGUGCGUGAGACUUUCAGCUCCAUUACCACCCUCUACUGCCCCCGUCUGAAGCUUGACCUCCGGCUGGUUAAUGCUGGACUGGGCUUGAUCUCCACCGGGAUCUUGCUCUGCCUCGUUCUGUGGAUAUUCUAUGCAAACCGCCCCCAAAGGGAGGAGGUGUUUGCGAAGCCAUCUCAAGUGAGGAUUGCUGCGGGCAGUGACAUUCCUAGGCAAAGCAGAGAAGCACCUAUAUAGUUCGUGUAUACGCUUGCCCCCCUAUCAAUGUAAGGCCCAAUACCUAGUUGCUUAGCAGGAGAAUCCAAGCGGGGAAAAGCAUCGUUUGGGGUGAAUAUGCAGAGCCGUGAAUGUUCGGCUGUUAAAUCUGCAGGAACCGUAGCCUUGGGCUUCCUUAUGAUGGUUUGAGAGCAAUGAGCAAUGGGCAAGUUGAUCUAUGGUUUGUUUCUUGAG